UACCCCUGUCACACGAGCACUUUAAAGGCAUUUGAAGAAAAAGACAUCUCACACAAAGGAGUUGCAUCCGCAGACACACGCCAAAGUUUAAUCUCUUUUUCAGAAGCGGUCUUUUCCGAAACCGGAGAUCACCGAUCUCUUUUACGGCUGGAAAGGCGUAGCCUCCAACGCAGUGGGCACCAGUAAUUAUCAUGCAAUAAAGAAACGAAGCAAAAGUGCAUUUUUAUUUCAAGUGUACACAUCACAAAAAAGGGUUUUGUCUUUCGUUGAACCUUAAGUAGGCGCAGUUUUGCACUUUUUGCACGGCACUCUCGUAAGCAGUUCGAAAAUAUCACGUGACGCUAACAGACGAUGCAAAUUCGCGCCAUUUUCUGCGACCAUGGCUACGGCGAGCGGUACCGACGAACAGCCUCCGGCACGCCAAAGAAAACCGCGGGUACAGUGGUCGGAGAGAGACACCUGGGCGUUAAUCAAGUUAUGGGAAGACAACCUGCCCUCGCUGCGUGCGCAGAAGCACAACGGAGGCGUUUACGAUGGCAUUGCACAAGCAUUGACGAGCAUGGGUGUACCUCGCACAAAGGCGCAAGUGCACAGCAAGAUAGAGAACCUGGGACAGACCUACAGGAGCUGCCUGAAACACAUGACAACAGGGUCAUCACCGCCGAGCUGGCCAUUCUUCUCCGAAGUCCAUAGGUUUCUAGGAUCCCUGCCUGUUCACGAUACAUCUUUAAUGGAAGAGGCUGGGUGCAGCGAGAGCACAACAAGCAGCACUGCCUCCGUCGAAGAACUGAUCUUCGACAUGCUUGAUUCCGGCUCUGCUUCUUGUGAAGACGUCGCCGAAGAUUGUUCACCUUCCGAGUCGCCAGUACAACAGGUUGAAUCCAGGAACCUCGCAAGUGGCAGUUCCGAAUGUGCCCGCAGGAAGAGAAGGCAACCGGCUGGCGACUUUCAAGAAAGGAUGCUUGAGGAGCAGCGACGGCAGAGAGAGCAGUUUGCUGAUGCGCACAAAAUGGAAAUGGAUCUCCGUAAAGAGGGGCUCAAGUUGCAAGAGAAACUUGUAGAUGCAAUGUUGAAGUUUUUUAGUAAAAACUGACAUGGUGUUCCACAA